AUGUCAUCUGGGAGUAAGAGUCAUAAAUAUGGAAAAUUGAUAAAUGCAAUUACAUUAAGGCAUUUGCAGCGAGUGAAAUCGGAGUUUGGUGAAGAGUUGGAAGUGAGGAGGAAGAAAUUGGCUGACAUCUUUGAAAGAGAAAAAGAGGGCUACGAAAAAACUUAUCAGGAUUUGCUUCGGGUAAAAGAAGUAGCGCGUAAAGAAGCUGUAAUAGACCUGGCCAAUAAAAUGCAACAAUUAAUCCAAGCUAAGACUAUGGAGAUAGCGAAACGGGAAAGCACUGAAUAUUUCAAUAAAAGUAAUGAGGAUUACCGUCUUUGCAAGCCAAUCAUUUUCAACGCGCUAACUAAGCAAGACCAGGAGGCCAUAAAUGAGUACAAGAAGCAGCAAAAGGCCUACGAGAAGACGCGUGAAUUGCAGCUACUUCAACAAGGUGACAAUUUGACUGCAAAGUUAUUCGCAGAUGACGAAAAUCGAACAAAGAGUCGGACUGGCAAUCGAUGUCAGUACCGGAAUGAGCUUCUUAAACAGAUUUACGAAAAUGAGAGAGAUCGCGAGCUGAUUAAAAUCGAGGAGGCUGAAGAGAAAAAGGCUUUGGAAGAGGUUGUGCAAACUGAAAAUGAGACACAGAAACAAGAAGAACUUGCAAGUAAACAACAAUUAUAUGAGAACUUGAAAACUCAGGUAGAAGAAAUGAUGUUAAAGAAAGAAAGAGAAAAGGAGAGAGAGGUUGAAAUUGGCAGAUUAAUUAGCCAAAAUUGGAUGUCAAUUCCAUCUUCGGAAUCAAAUAGAAAAAAUGUGGAGGACUUAAAAAACCAGGCGAAAUCAUUCCUAGAAUAUCAACAGCGAAUACGUGAUCACCAAAAUAUCCGAGAACUUGUACUAGACAAGAUGGUUCUUGAGACGGCGGAAAAAAUUCGACUCGAACGAAGUGAACGUGAAAAUGCCCGUAAAUGUUAUUUGAGGAAAUUGGAAAAAAGUAACAACGAGUCAAAUAGACAAGCAGAUCUUGAGAAGGUGCUGAAUCGUCCAAUCCAAAGAGCUCAAGAGAUUGAAGAGGCGGCUAAGGAGUUGGCCAAAAUUCAACAGCGCGAUGACGAGUUAGAGAAGCGAAGUAAAUCUCUCAAAGAAGCCAAGCGAGCGGAAUUAAGAAUGAAUUUGGAGAAACAAAUGCAAGAAUUGAGCCUUAGAAGAAAACAAGAAGAGGAAGAAGAAGAGAAAAAGUUGGAAGAAGGCAAAAUGGAGGAAUGCUUGAGAAAGUGUCAAAGAUGCAUUUGCGACAGCGUAAAUUUGGAUGUUUACAGCCUUCACCCCUGGAGAAAAGCCGCCUUAAAGAAAUCGUAA